AUGACUGGUAAUGAGCAUGAGAUGUUGACUAAGUUUCUGAAAUUAAAGUCUCUUGUGUUCCAUGGUUCUGAGAGUGAGGACGCCUAUGAGUUCAUCCUAGAUUGUUAUGAGAGGCUUAAUAAGUUGGGAAUUAUCCAUCAGCAUGGAGUAGAGUUUGUGACUUUCCAAUUUCAGGGGGAGGCUAAACAGUGGUGGAGAACAUAUGUGGAAUGUAGAUCUUCAGCUUUACCCUCACUUACUUGGACCCAGUUUCAUGCUCUGUUCUUGGAAAAGUAUAUGCCCCGGACCUUGAGAGAUCGUAAGAAAGAUGAGUUCAUGUCUUUGGAGCAAGGUGGAAAAAGUUUUAAUGAUGUAACAAAUUUUGUGAAAAAAGUGGAGGGGGUGAGGGUUCCUACUCCAGAGGUUCAGCGAGGCUGGCACCUGCAGCCCGACCAAUUUAGUCCGUUUUGCCCACUUAUACAGGGUGCAUCCAUUUUCUCUAACAUUGAUCUAAGGUCUGGCUAUCAUCAAUUAAAGAUUAGGCCUAAGGAAAUACCAAAAAUGGCAUUUAGGUCCCGUUAUGGGCACUACGAGUUUCUAGUGAUAUCAUUUGGAUUGAAAAAUGCGCCUGCAACCUUCAUGAGUUUGAUGAAUGGUGUGUUCAAACCGUUUAUUGAUUCGUUUGCGAUAGUGUUUAUUGAUGACAUUUUGGUUGCCUUUUUGGGGCAUGUAGUUUGGGUUCAACCAAGUUUUGUGACUGAAAUUAGGAGUUUUGUGGACCUUGCCAGUUAUUAUCGUCGAUUUGUGAAGAACUUCGCUUCCAUUGCCACACAUCAUGACAAGGUUGACAAAAAAGGAGGGCUUCUUCAGGCAGCUAUUGAAAGACCUUGUUUAGGAGAUCAGUGA